AUGGAUGGUGUUGUACAAGCCGUCUCGGACAAGCGGCAUGAAAUCAAAUUGAGUCCUUCGGUGCUCUUCAUGGCUUUGCUUUGGUGGUUAUGCUAUUUGGAACGAGAGCAACAAAGGACCUUCUUGUUUCUGGUGUUUUUUUUCAAGUUGGCGGAAUACUUCUAUUUUCUCGCUGACGACUUGCAGCGGUAUCAGACGGAACCCUGGUGGGAUGUGCCUAAAAUCCCGAAAGUCCUCGGAAUGUUGGUCGUCUUUUGGACUGUGGCAUGGUUGACUGCGCAAUGGCCGAUGGCGGCGCAAGACCAAGACGCUGACGAGAAACUUGGCCUUCCGGGAGAGGACGACAGCUCGGCGGAAUCCCCGGAGGACAACGAUUCUUUGAUUCCAGAGCAGCAGCAAGCAGAAAACAACAACGAACCGCACCGCAGAUAG